GUAAUAACAAACCCCAGGGCACGCGUUUGGGCGCGUGUUUCGCAGUCAAGAUUUAAUCUUUUAAUUUUUUUUUCUUCGUUCACAGGUUUUUUCCAACUAAAAUCAUCAUCAUCAUCAAGAUUUGUUGGUUGGUUGAAAUAAUGAUAAUGAGUCUGAUUACAUCAUCUGAAACAACAACAACAAAUUCAAAAUUGAAAAUUCGUCCAUUAGAUCAAACUUGUGAAAAUAAUUUUAAAAAUACAAUGAUGAUGCUGAAAGCGAACAAUAAUCAUUUACCGAUUUCGAUUCCCUCAUCAUCUACAUCCACAUCAUCGGCAUCAACAUCGAUAAUUCGUCCAUUAACCGAUUUAAUCGAUGGCCAAAUAUUAAAUCAGGGCGAUAUCAUUGGACCGAUAUCAAAUCUUUGCAAAUGGCUUCGUAAUGAAUUGGAUCGCAUUGAACAAUGUUUACAGCGAUCAUCGAAAAUAUCUUGUUCAUCAUCGACAAUUGUUGAAACGGCAAUGUCGAAAUUGGAACAAAAUCUUGAAAUAAUCUAUUUGAAUGAACAAUACUAUUUGGAAGUUAUACGAUCAUUUCGCUGUUGUCAACAAUUUUCAACAAUACAAUCCACCAAUGAUAAUGGCUUGUUGAUGGAUGAAAAACCAAAAGCCUGGUUCAAUCAUUUGAUCGAAGAAAGUUUAACAACAACCAUACGACCAAUACAAACAUGGAUAAAUGGUAAAGAAUUAUUCGGAUGUUUAUGGUGCAAUCAUUUUUCGUUCUAUUCAAAUCAUAUGAUAUUACAUAUCAUGAUGGAUUGUAUGAAACAUUUUAUCAAUAUUAGCCAUAAUAAUUUUGCUCAUAAAAAUGGUUAUAUUAAAUUUAAUGAGACUAUUGCGGAUUCAGCUAAUCAUCAAUUAUCAUCAACCGAACAACAAUGUCGCCGAAAGCAGAUACGCAGUUUUGAUAUUGUAUCAUUGUUGAAUCAAAAGGAUCGAAAAUCAACAUUGGAUCAUAAUGUUGAUCAGGAUAAUGAUUAUGAUUAUGAUAAUCAAGAUGCUGAUAUUGAAGUCGACGUUGAAACAUUGGAUGAGGAUAAUUCGGAUCAAAUGAUUAAACCAACAAUGAUGAUGAAUAUGAAUGGACAAAAACAACGUUCGAAACGAUCAUCAUCGAUUGUAUCGAAUCAAAAUCGAAUACCACCAUCACCGUCAUUGUCAUCAACACUAAUUAGUCAACCAAUUAUUCGUGGUAAAUAUAAUCGCAAAUCAUCAUCAAAUAAUAAAUCGAAUGCCAAUGUAUCAUCAACCACGAACAAUCAAUCGAAAAGUGCAUUCAAAAAACUGAAAACAAUCAAGGCUGCAAAUAAAUUGGCGACCACCAAUCAAUCAACAAUUAAAUCGAAUCAAUUUCUAUCCAAUUUAAAUAUGACAAAUUUUUAUAGUCAAAUUUCAACCGAACAAUCGUCGAAUGCUUGUUCCUUUCCAUUGGCUAAUCUAUUUAAUAAUCAAAAUGAUUCGCCCAUUACUUCCGUAAAUUCAUCAUCAACAUCACCGAAACAAAUGCAACAUCCAAUUGGAUCAAGUAAAUCAUCACCGAUUUCCGUACAGCCAACAACUUUCGAAUCAAACACAACAACAACCGCCGCAAUGAAUAAUUCUUUAGAAUCAUCUGGUUCAGUUGAUUUAUCUAUCGAUUCGUCGUCAUCAUCAUCAUACGAUUCCCAUUCACCGGAUUUAGCCGAACGAUCAUCAUCAACAUCGGAUUAUAAUAAUGUUGUUGAUAGAAGCAAUAAUAAACAAAAUGAAAAUGAUAUUGUAUCGAAUGCUGAUGAAUCAUCAUCCUCAUCACUGAUACAAUUAUUACCACAGUCAUCGGUGAUAAAUAAUCCAUUAAUGAAUUUACCACCAUAUUUUAUGCCGCCAACAACAACAGCAUCGUCAGCAGCAAAUAAUCCAUUAAUAACAUCAUUGUAUUUGUUAUCACCAUCAUUGACAGCAUUGAGCUAUCAGGCAAGUAAUGUUUGUGCAUAUUGUAAUCAAGCAUUUCGUAUGACAUCCGAUUUGGUUUAUCAUAUGCGUUCGCACCAUAAACGUACAAAAGCAGCCGAUGAUUUAGUGAAUAAAAAACGUCGUGAUGAUCAAUUACGUUGCCAUAUUUGCAAUGAAACAUUUCGUGAACGACAUCAUCUUACCCGUCAUAUGACAUCACACCAAUAAAAUCUUUUCUCAAACAACAAUGUUAUCGAUUUGUAGCAUUACUAGUCAAGUAUUGUCUCAU